CAGGUGCGUUCCGGCACGGUACCUGAGUACCUUGAUGGCUUUCAAUUUGUGUUUUCGUAUUAUGUCAUUACGGACGUGCAAUUCGAACAAGCUUUUCAUCUACCUAACUCUCAUCUCUUACAUCGAACGGAAAGAUUGAAGACAAAAAGUGAAUCGUAGCCAGAGCCACCAGAGCUGUUAGGUACCUCUGUAUCUCCUGCCCCGCUAAGCCGGGAGCAAGGGGAUAAAGUUCUAGAGUUUGCCCCGCGCUGAACAGCGACUGCGGGGCACUUCAAUCGACUGCCCCUCCAAACUUUCACAAGCUUCAUCUUACACCUACCUAGAUCUCGUCAACACACAAUACCUACCUCUAUUUCACCUCUACGAUUCGGAUCAAUUGACCGUAAUCCGACACAAUGUUCAAAAAAGAAAUAAACGCAGCCCCGAAAUCCAAGCUCAAAUCCUCCGUGCAGCGCUCCCUCCGCCAAUCCCUACUAACGACGUACCCGCUCCUGAACCCCUACAUCGACGAGAUCCUGCCCAAAAAGGGGUCCCUCGAGGCCAUGAAGCUGCCGGACCGGUGCACGCUGUACGUACUAGAGUCCGCGCCCCUCUUCUUCCAGCACGGGACGGAUACCCUGCUCCCGCAUCUGAGACUCGUGCACCGCUUCCCCGACGCGUUUCCCAGCAUACGGAUCGACCGCGGCGCCAUCCGCUUCGUGCUCAGCGGCGCCACGCUCAUGGCGCCCGGGCUGACGAGCGCGGGCGGGAGGCUGCCGAGCGGUGUUUUGGAGGGCCCGCCUGGGGCGGAGGGGGAAGGGAUGGACGAGGACGAGCGCUGGACGAGAGAGCUGGAGAAGGGUGAGCCGGUUGUUGUUAGGGCUGAGGGCAAGACGGAGGCGUGUGCUGUUGGGUUCUUGGUCGUGGGUACGAAGGAGGUUAAGGAGAAGGGGAAGGGGCCUGUGAUUGAGGAUGCGCAUUACCUUGGUGAUGGGCUGUGGAGACUUACUACGGAUUAGUGGAGGGGUAGGGGGGAUAUGUGGGUGGUAGGGUAUUAGCCAUGCGUGAGGGCGAAAUCCCGGGCGCCGCGAAGAGCGAGGAUAGUGGUCUCCUUGGAGAUUCAGAUGCGAGAGGUGUGAUACAAUCCGAAGCAUCCUACUCCUAAUGUGAGGGGCAAUAUCUGGAGAUGGCCUGCCGGGAUGAGGUGGGCAAGGUAGCACGAUUAAUGAAGAAAUACUCUACUCGGUUGAUAUGAAUGACGGAUGCGUUGAUGUGUAUUAGAACGUGGCAUUGGAUUCGCCGCCUACUAGCCCUAGUCUAGAUCGCGGGCCAGUCAGCUUGAGUACAUAUUUGGAUAUUACAUGCCAGCAAACCCCUGGUCCUUUAUGAGGUUAAGAGUGAUUGAUUAUCUUCUGCGACAGUGUCAUACGAGAUAUCCUCUGAGCGAUUGUAUGCUAGAGUUAUGCUAUCAGGCUACUAAUUAC